AUGGCUUUUUCGAGUGACGAAUUGAAUUUCCUCGUUUACCGAUACCUACAAGAAUCUGGCUUUCAACAUUCGGCAUAUACGUUUGGUAUUGAAUCGCACAUAUCUCAGUCCAACAUCAAUGGAGCUUUGGUUCCACCAGCUGCUUUGAUUAGUAUCAUUCAAAAGGGUCUGCACUACACCGAAGCUGAGAUAUGCGUUGGAGAAGACGGAUCAGAACAGCGUCUGACUGAGAGUUUAUCUUUGAUUGAUGCAGUUAUGCCGGAAAUUGUAGCCAGUCGACAGAGUCAAAAUCAACAAAAACAAAGUGUCGUCAAGAAUGAUGCACAAGAAACAAAUGGUGAAGAAGGCACAGCAACAGUUACCCCAGCUGUUACUAGCACUGAAACAAUGGAACUAGAUAGCAGUAUUGAAAUACCUGCUGAAAAAUCUACUAUUCUUAAGGGUCAUGAGUCUGAAGUUUUUAUUUGUGCGUGGAAUCCGACCACUGAUUUACUUGCUUCUGGAUCAGGAGAUAGUACAGCGCGUAUUUGGGAUAUGGCUGACAGUUCGGGUUCUCCUUCUCAACUUAUAUUGAGACAUUGUAUUCAAAAAGGAGGAACUGAAGUACCCAGUAAUAAAGAUGUUACUUCCCUUGAUUGGAAUUGUGAUGGAACAUUAUUAGCCACUGGUUCCUAUGAUGGUUAUGCUCGAAUUUGGAUGACAGAUGGCAGAAUAUCAAGCACUCUUGGUCAACAUAAGGGUCCAAUAUUUGCUUUGAAAUGGAAUAAAAGAGGGAAUUAUAUACUCAGUGCCGGAGUUGAUAAGACUACUAUUAUUUGGGAUGCUGCUUCAGGCCAGUGCAAUCAGCAAUUUGCAUUCCAUACAGCACCAGCAUUGGAUGUAGAUUGGCAAUCGAAUAGUAGUUUUGCAUCAUGUAGUACUGAUCAAUGUAUACAUGUUUGUCGUCUAGGCGUUGAUCGACCAGUAAAAUCAUUCCAAGGGCAUACAAAUGAAGUUAAUGCUAUUAAAUGGGAUCCUCAAGGAAAUCUAUUAGCUUCUUGUUCAGAUGACAUGACUUUGAAGAUAUGGUCUAUGAAACAAGAUACUUGUGUGCAUGAUUUACAAGCACAUAACAAAGAAAUAUAUACAAUAAAAUGGAGUCCAACCGGUCCAGGAACCGCCAAUCCAAACAUGAAUCUAAUACUAGCUAGUGCAUCAUUUGAUUCAACUGUACGUUUGUGGGAUGUUGAGCGAGGUGCAUGCAUACAUACUCUGACCAAGCAUACUGAACCUGUCUACAGUGUAGCCUUCUCACCCGAUGGAAAGUUUUUGGCAUCUGGCAGUUUUGAUAAAUGUGUUCACAUAUGGUCAACACAAAGUGGUCAAUUAGUUCAUAGUUAUAAAGGAACAGGUGGUAUUUUUGAAGUUUGCUGGAAUUCUAGGGGUGACAAAGUUGGGGCAAGUGCAUCUGAUGGAAGUGUAUUUGUAUUGGAUCUUCGAAAACUCUAA